AUGUAUCUCGCACGUUGCUUCUUGCAGGACUGCAGUGCAAAGGUUCUCGAGAAGACGCUCAAGCAGUGGAUGCGAUACAAGGAGGAGUGCCUGCAGAAGAUGGCAAGGGAUCCUUAUCCCUCUGGACUGUUUUGCAACCGAACAUUUGACAUGUAUGCGUGUUGGCCAGAUGGGAGCCCCGGUGCCACUGUCAAUGUCUCCUGCCCUUUCUACCUGCCCUGGUAUGAAAAAGUCAGGCACGGCCAGGUGAGCCGCAAGUGUGGGCUUGAUGGGCACUGGGUGCUGCUGAAUGGGACGGAGCUCUGGAGGGACCAUUUCCAGUGCAAGGAAGAGACAGAAGCCACCGCCGAAGAGGAGGUCCACCAGCUGAUGGUCAGCUUCAAGGUAUUCUACACAGUGGGCUAUUCCCUGUCGCUGCUGGCACUGGUCCUGGCUCUGCUCAUCCUCACUGUCUUCAGGAAGCUGCGCUGCACUCGGAACUAUAUUCAUGCAAACCUCUUUGCCUCCUUUGGGCUUCGGGCUGUCUCUGUGAUCGUGAAGGAUGUGCUGCUGGAGAAGAUGUGGGCCAGGGAGACCUUCGAGGUGUCUGACUGGGAGGCCCUGCUGAGUCAUGAGGCUGCCAUUGGUUGCCGAGUGGCUCAGGUAAUGAUGCAGUACUGUAUUCUGGCCAACCAUUAUUGGUUUCUGGUGGAGGCGGUCUACCUGUACAAGCUUCUGAUUGGUGCUGUGUUUUCCGAGAAGAAUUACUACACCUUUUACCUGUACCUGGGCUGGGGGACUCCUGUGGCCUUUGUGGUGCCGUGGAUGGCCGCCAAGUACCUGAAGGAGAACGCAGAGUGCUGGGGGGUGAAUGAGAACAUGGCUUACUGGUGGAUAAUUCGUGUCCCUAUUUUGCUAGCGUCGGUGAUCAAUCUGCUGAUCUUCAUGCAGAUCCUCAAAGUGAUCCUGGCCAAGCUGCGAGCCAAUCAGAAGGGCUACGCGGAUUAUAAACUGCGGUUAGCCAAAGCCACACUCACACUGAUCCCCCUCUUUGGGAUUCAUGAAGUGGUCUUCAUCUUUGCCACUGACGAGCAAGCCACAGGAAUCCUGCGCUACAUCAAAGUCAUCUUCACCCUCUUUCUCAGCUCCUUCCAGGGAUUCUUGGUCGCUGUAUUGUACUGCUUUGCAAAUAAGGAGGUAAAAUCUGAAAUGAAGAAGAAAUGGCAGCUCUGGAAACUGGACCACCUCUGCUGCACCCAGUGAGGAGAGGAGAAACCCCGCAAAGCAAUGCAGGCACAGGCAGGAUGAGAGUCACCGACAGUGGCUACGUUCACAGCUGUUGGAAGGCCAAAGUGGACACUGUAACAAGGGUUAGAUGAAAGUCGGCCUUCCUGACCAGGAGCACCAGAAUGGCAAACCAGAGACAUUGGGAACUGCGGGGAGC